AAUUAGACGAAAGCAGCAAAGUCAAACAUUAAGCCUCAGAGCCAGUCAAAUCUGCCCAUUUCGCAACCGAAGGGCUAAAGGUUUCGGAUAAUCAUUUACUUCUUGGGGAGUCAAAAAAGUGCGAAGCUGAGAGACACUCAUUUGAAAGGAAUGAGGACCCUGCACUCUACCUCCCUCAGGUGAACGUCAGGCCCCGGGAGAGGAGGGACGCCAUGUCCACUAGAGCCGAAACCACGGCCACCACGGGGGGGCCGCCCUGCAGCGGGGACGGAAUCACGGCUCCAGUGCCAGCCUCCAGCAAAGGCAUGUGCUCGGUCCGACACGGGCUGGCCCUCCUCUUGCAUCUCUGUAACUUUGCGAUUUCCACCCAACAAAUGAACUUGAGCAUUGCCCUCCCAGCGAUGGUGAACGGCACGGCCCUGCCCAGCCCGCCCAAUGCCUCUUCCUCUGUCGCCCUGGGCGACAGGAACGGAACUCUGAUGGGACUUAAGGUGCUGGCGCCCGUGUAUGCCUGGAGCCCGGAGAUCCAGGGGGUCCUCCUCAGCUCCCUCAGCUACGGCUCCUUCGUGGCCUCGAUCCCCAGUGGCUAUGUGGCCGGGCUAGUCCGACCCCGGCACCUGAUCGGCACCGCCCUGUUGACCGUCUCCGCCCUGAGCCUCUUCAUCCCGCUGGCGGCGGAGGCAGGUGUGGCCCUGCUCAUCGUCCUCCGGACCGUCCAAGGCGUGGCCCAGGUGAUGAUACAAACCAGCCAGUAUUUAAUUUGGGUGAAAUGGGCUCCCCCCUUGGAGAGGAACCAGCUCAUCACCAUUUCCAUCUCAGGGCUCAUGCUGGGCUCCUUGACCGUCCUCCUUGUCGGUGGCUUCCUCUGCGAGACGCUCGGGUGGCCAUACGUCUUCUACAUCUUCGGUGAGUUUGUGCGUCUCUCCCAUCUCAGAAGAAAGAACCUUUGCAGAAGCCUGACUAGCAGGGGCCAUGCUGACCGGCAGUCCAACCGGGAGGGCCUUCUCAAGCUCACGGGGCAGACGCUAGGCUCCGGACUGCCCCACGCCAUCGGCAGCAGCAAGGAAGACGGCCCGGGCCAGGGCCAGUUCCGGGGGGACCGGGUCUCCACGGGGGGGGCCACGGCCCCGGCUUUCUUCCAGGACUGCGAACCCGACGGGUCCCUCCCCGUCAAGGCCAUGGCCAAGUCCCUGCCGCUCUGGAGCGCCUUGCUGUCCCAGUUCAGCGAGCACUGGUUCUUCUACGUCUUGAUGGCGUACCUGCCCACCUACCUCCACUCCGUCCUCCACGUGGACCUCCGCGCGAGUGGCUUCCUGUCCGCCCUGCUGCUUGGCGUGGCCUUUGUCAGCAUCAUCCUGGGGGGCCUGCUGGCGGACUUCCUCCUCUCCAGACGCAUCCUCUCGCUCCUUGUCCUCAGGCGGCUCUUCACCGCCAUAGGGGUGCUCUUCCCCAGCCUGUUCUCCGUGCUCCUGCCCUGGGUCAGCUUCAGCCUGGGUGUCACCAUGGCCUUCUUGGUCCUGAGUUUGGCCACCAGCAGCCUCUGCCAAUCUGGGGCCCUUGUCAACUUCAUAGACAUUGCUCCCAGGUACACUGGCUUUAUCAAGGGCUUAUCCUUGGUCUUUGUUCAGCUCUCAGGAGUCAUCGCUCCCACGGUUUCUGGAUUUUUCCUCAGUCAGGACGCCGAGCUGGGAUGGAGAAACAUCUUCCUGCUGUCCGCGGCUGUGGACGUCUCGGGUCUGGUCUUCUUCCUCGUCUUCAGCCGAGCGGAGGUGCAGGACUGGGCCCGCGCGCAGACCCUCACCCGCCUGUGAGCCGUGGCCGGGCGUUGCCCUUUGGUGCUUUCGUUGAACCGACUUUGCUUCCGGUCUCUUCUCGGACCCUGAAGGCUCCG